CUUGUUUUGUUAGCCAGCAUAAAGCUUCAGCUUAGUGUUACAGGAACAACAGCAGUGUGAAAUUAAAAGUCAUUAAUUGUGUUAAACUCGCACAUUGUCGAGCUAUAAAGUUAUAAAGUUAAGUUAAAAAGAGGUGGGAACAGGAAAACGCCCGGACAGAGAUCCCGGAGAAGUCUGUCCUCUGAUCUCUGUGUCUAAGAGUGUGUUAGACACAGAGUGUGUGUGUGUGUUUUUCAGCAGGUCAGCUGGUUGUUUCUAUUAUGCUGCUCAGCUUCUUGACUUGGAGGAGUGACACUCCCGUCUGUGUUUGACAGAAGGCACUCUGGCAAAGACGGGCAAAGGUUGUUGACCUGCACGGGCAACAGAGCAGCUUGGUUUUCAACACUUCUUAGUCACCUUUACAGCUUUCGUAAUGUGGCUCAUGGUUGCCUCCAUCCCACUUCUUCCUGCCAUCAUCAUGGUAUCCAGUCGUUAUCGUGUUAAAGUCGCCGCUCUGUGCCAUCGAGCUCUGGCCUGGACGCUGAGACUGAUGCGAGGGAAAGUGUGUGUGAGGAGCACCCACGCCUUUGUGUUCUCUAAAUGCACGCACGGCAAAGCUGACAGCGUCCUGGCGACCUUUGACCUCUACGCUGACACACACCCCUCCUUGUGCAUCAGUCCACAGAUUGCUGAGGCCUUGGAUGAAGUGGUGAGGCGUGUCUGUCCCUCCCGGGUGUUGGAGCUGGGGAUGCACUGUGGUUACACUUCUGUCCGCCUGCUGCGUCUGCUGCCCCCUGCUGGCAGACUGCUCACAGUGGAGCUGGAUCCACUCACAGCAGAUAUAGGGGAGGAAAUCAUACUUGUAGCUGGCUUCAAACACUCCCAGUUCCAGGUGUUGACAUCCAGUUCAGCUGAGGCCAUCCCAACAUUGCGUCCUUAUCUUGAGCCUGAUAAAGGGACCAGUGAGGGUCUCAGUCUGGUGUUGAUGGAUCAUGACCCCCAGCAGUAUCUUCCAGACCUGCAGGCUCUGGAGAGAGAGGAACUCCUCAGCCCCUCUGGCUGCUCUGUCCUUCUGAUCUACAGGAACCAAAGAGCUGAAGGUCUCAGAGAAAUCAUGGAUCACAUCAGAGCGAGGCCCGACUGCUACAGCAUCAAGUCAGAGCUUCAGUUUAUGAUGGAGAUAUUCUACAGAAAGGGAAAUACGGGGAUGGACAGAUGAGCUAGAUCUAAAGAUGUGGGUGGACCAUAUCACCUAAAAGUGUUAAUUACCUCAUCAUAUCUAGUAUUACUUAUGGGUCAAAGAACUGGAGGAUAAUAAAUAUGUGCUGAAUAAA